UCAAUAAAGGCAGACCAGAAAGAAGCUUUGUUAAAAAAGGAUAACUUCAUGAGGGGAGUUACAUUUUACCUUUCAAUCUUAUUAUGAGACCAUACAAAUUAGUAGUAAUUGCAAAUUCCAUAUCCAAAACCCCCUCAUCAACGCCUAAAACCCAGAAACCCAUAACCUACAAAAAUUCAAUAACAUUCAAGUCCAUAGAGAGUAUUGAUGGUAAGGUUUCUGUUUUUCCUUGACCAAAAUUAUACGAAAAUUAACUAAUUAUCAAGAUUAGUUUUCUACUCUCUCGUGGUAAUUCUUAUCUCCUUCCUAAAAAAUGGUACACUUACUAAAUGAACAUUGACCCCAACACCUCUAUAUAUGUGUGUGUGCAACAAACACUUCAGAAACAUAACAAACAAAGCACAUAAACAAGGGGGAAAAAAAACAGAAUUACCUAUGGCUUCUUCACUCUUCUACCUCCUCCUCCUAGUGCAAGUCUUCUCCAUCACAGCCAAGAGACUCGACACGACCAACUCGCCGAGAUUUACCGCCAUUCUCAUCUUCGGUGAUUCGUUAUUGGACACCGGAAAUAACAACUUCAUACCCACUGUAGUAAAAGCCAACCAUAAGCCGUACGGCCAAGAUUUUCCUGGGAAAAUCCCGACGGGAAGGUUUUCAAACGGGAAGCUCGUGUCGGAUCUUUUAGCCUCGGCGCUAGGGAUAAAGGAGACUGUCCCACCUUUUCUCGAUCCGAAUCUACCGCAAGACGAACUCCGAACGGGUGUUUGCUUUGCAUCGGCAGGGUCAGGGUACGACGACAUGACUACGGCUAUGAGUGGAGUAAUUCCGGUAUCCAAACAAACGGAGUAUUUGAAGCAGUAUAUAGAGAAGCUUAAGGGGGCUACCGGGGAAGCAAAAGCUAGUGAUAUAAUCAACGGUUCUUUGGUGCUUGUUACUUCAGGAAGUAACGAUGUUAGUAUCAACUACUUUGGUGGUGGUGCUAGGAGGCUUCAGUUCCCCCUCAUUGGCGGCUAUCAUGAUUUCCUGCUACAAAGGGUCCAAGCAUUUGUUAAGGAAUUGUACAAUCAAGGAUGUCGAAACGUGCUUAUUGCAGGGCUUCCUCCACUUGGGUGUUGGGCUGCUGGAUUCAAUAUGGGAGGGAGAUGUGUGGACUACUCACAGUCUCAAUCUUACAAUCAGAAGCUUGUUGCAUUGUUGCCUCAGUUACAGGAAUCCCUUCCUGGUAGCAAACUUGCCUAUGCAGAUUUUUACACCCCAAUUUACGACAUGAUGAACAAUCCUCAAAAAUAUGGUUUCACAGUGACUAAUACAGGAUGUUGCGGAUUAUGCACUCAGUUCACUCCAGUUUGCCCAAACCCUUCUCAAUAUUUGCUUUGGGAUUCAGUUCAUCCAGGAGAAGCUGCCUACCGAGUUGUCUCAAAAUAUUUACAGGACGAUGCUCUUCCCAAGUUCUCAUAAAGUUGAGAAAUCACCCAGUUUUUAUUUUAACUACACAGUAGUAGUAGCUAGCUAGGAGUGCUAACAACCUAGGUAUCAGGGAUAAUUUGUGAAGGGAGUUUCUUCGAAUUUUUCGAUCCCUCAUCAAAUGAUGCCCGAAUUGUUUUUUCUCUUCUUUUCAUUUUCUUUGAGAACUGCUAGUACUUCUGUUUCGUAUCUGGGUCACUAAGUUAAUAAAAUUGUCCUUUUAGUACAGUUU